CGUACUGGUGGUAGCCCCAGGGGCUGUCGUCUUGUGAGGGAAGUCACCCAUUAAGCAUCGCGUUGAGUUUGUUGACUAUUUUAGUAGCGUGUCGCUAGUGGCGAAGUGGCGAUCUCUCGAGCUUUUGUAAAGGGUUGCUUAUCACAUCGACGAUAAGUGAAGAUGGCAUUUGCACUUGAAUGGAUUCUCGUGGUGUUGGCGUUUGGUCUUGUAUCUACGGCUCAAGGUGCUGAUAACAGCACGUACACGGAGCCAGAGGAAGUGAGCGACUCCAUUCCUGUCGCUAUUACCAUCCUCGUUAUCCUGAUCCUACUGGUCCUCAUCUUUAUCAUCAUCCUGCUGAUAGUGUGCAUCAGACUUAUGAACAGGAGCUCCCAGAAAAAGGACAUAGAGGAGACGCCCAUGCAGGCUUACCAGGAAACCACCCAUCACCACCCCACCGCCCAACAUGAGCAUCCUCGGCAUGAGCCACAAACUCAGGUGGUGUACGUGGCCCCACAACAGCAGCAACCCACUCAAGCCCGGCAGCAGACCCCUCCACCCAGACAGCAUACCCCUACAGCCUUGGAGCGCCGCAAGACCCCCCAGGAGCAGUAUGGAAGAAGGAGCCCCCCUGUAGUGAACCCAGACCAAAAUUGCCAGUGCGAGGCAUGUAACGAGAUACGAAGGGCGAGGAAAGAGGGCCGAGCACCAAGAGUCUGAUUUGUCACCAGUUGAACUUAGCAAGCUAGGGCGGAUAGAAGUCACAGAGGCAAGCUCAUAGACGGAUUUUCCUAGACGUCAUAGAGGCAAACUUAGCGGUCUCUUGGAUUUUCUAGAGAGGUGGAAAAGCGCCUUUUACUAUCACGACCUUGUAAAAUUACAACCCACCUUGGCGCGGGGGGUGCAAUUAUCCCUAGCUCCUGCGAAGGGGUACUGAUCGGCAGAACCGAUCAAGUCUUUGGAGGUAGCAAGGGGUGUAUACCGAAAAGAUUCCUUAUAAGAAAUGACACUUUUAAGGCGGCUCUUGUCUAUUUUCCAGGGGAGACCUUAAUCAUAUACAUAUCCCGAAAAAUAGGAAGAACAGCCCCGUCUAUUUUUAUUCCAACCCUUGCAGAAAAAUAGAACUAGAAAUUAAGUUGUUUAUUUUUUUAGGGGGUAACACAUUGACUCUCUGCAUUAAAGAGGCUUCAAACAAUAUGUAUCAUGAUUGUAUAUAGCUAAGAUUUAAAAAAGAAAAGGAUGUUUUUAGUUGUUCAAAACUUGUUCAAAGAACAGCCUAGCUGUGCCUGUACCCAAACAUACAGUUUAGCGUUUUAGUGUAUUGUUACAUACAGGCCCUACAAUUAGCGUUUUAGUGUAUUGUUACAUACAGGCCCUACAUAUAGCGUUUUAGUGUAUUGUUACAUACAGGCCCUACAUAUAGCGUUUUAGUGUAUUGUUACAUACAGGCCCUACAUAUAGCGUUUUAGUGUAUUGUUGCGUAGUUUUAUUGUCCGGUUUUGUGUAUGUACCAGGGCAAGGCUAAUAAAAGGAAAUAAGUAAGACUUGAUUAAAGAUGCGACGACGAAGUCAACAAAUCAAUCGACUCAUCUAGGGUGGAGUCCACACUGAUCCUGAAUGGAUAGGGUGGUAUGGUCAUGGCAUGGAUAGGGUGGUAUGGUCAUGGAUAGGGUGGUGCGGUCAUGGAUAGGGUGGUAUGGUCAUGGCAUGGAUAGGGUGGUAUGGUCAUGGAUAGGGCGGUACGGUCAUGGAUAGGGUGGUAUGGUCAUGGAUAGGGCAGUACGGUCAUGGAUAGUGUGGUAUGGUCAUGGAUAGGGUGGUAUGGUCAUGGAUAGGAUGGUACGGUCAUGGAUAGUGUGGUAUGGUCAUGGACAGGGUGGUAUGGAUGGCCAUAGGGUGGUAUUAGCAAAUGUAUGUGAAAACAAAUUAAUAAAAGAUAAAGAAACACAA